GGCAGGACUCGAGGCUGUUUCGGUUCAGUGCAGCAGCCGCAAGUGCGAAAGAGGUUUAUGAAGUUAAUUUUUCACUGGCUGCCUGUGCAUGUUGCAGUGUUACAGGAGGGUUUAGGAGGCCAAGCGAGGGUCAGGAUUGCCCUCUGUGAGAUACUGCCCUGAGCCAGGUAAGUUGUUUUUGGUGUGGGGCCUCUUUAACCAGGUGAGGUGGGGAAAAAAAACAUUCAAGAGGGAAGCUGAGCAGCAAACAGCCAGUUUUUAUCUGUGUCUGUGUUCCUCAGCUUCAGGAAGGCAUGAGUUACAAACCUCUCUACUCCAUUUUGAUUAGGAAAUUACAGAGGUUUUUAAAAUAAACAGUUCCAACCCCUCCUCCUCCUGUUCCCAAACUUUGAAGAGCUCUUCCUGUCUGAGCUGUCCCUGAAAUGACUAGCUUGCCAGGAGUUGAGGCGUAAAUCAGCACUGCAGCUGGACAGGAGUUGGGCUGUUUUCUUCAGAACUUGUCUGAGCAAGAGCAGGUUGUUCUGUGCGGUGGUGUCCUGGAGUUUGGCUGCAUCAUGGCAACGGUCAUCACCGAAAAGCUUAGCCGCCUCUUCGUUAAUGUGCGGCAGGUCCCUCAGCUGAUGGUCCCCCUCUCCCCUUCCACCGUCAGCAGCUCGGAGGUGCCAAAGGUCUUCUGGAAACCCUACAUCCACACCGGCUACCGGCCGGUGCAGCAGACCUGGUGCUAUUACUUCUCAACGCUCUUCCAGCAGCACAACGAGGCCAUCAACGUCUGGACCCAUCUGGUGGCAGCACUGAUCCUGCUGCUGCGGUUCCAGCAGCUCUCGCAUCGGGUGGAUUUUGGGCAGGACCUGCACGCCCAACCCCUCCUCAUCAUCAUCGUUGCGUCCAUCACCUACCUGACGUUCAGCACCCUCGCUCACCUUCUGCAGGCCAAAUCUGAGUUCUGGCACUACAGCUUCUUCUUCAUGGAUUACGUGGGGGUCGCCAUUUACCAGUACGGCAGUGCUCUGGUACACUACUACUACGCUAUCGAGCCAAGCUGGCACGAGAAGAUCAAGGGGUUUUACGUGCCGGCAGCUGUCCUGUUAGCGUGGCUGUCCUGCGCCGGUUCCUGCUAUGCCAAGUACCGGUACCACCAGUCCGCUCGCCUUCUGAGCAGGCUCUGCCAGGAGCUGCCCUCCAGCCUGGCGUACAUGCUGGACAUCAGCCCCGUGGUCCACCGCAUCUACACCACGCCGCCCUCUGAGCAGGCUGACCCGGCCCUUCUGUACCACAAAUGCCAGGUGCUGUUUUUCCUCAUCGGUGCCUUUUUUUUCUCACACCCUUACCCUGAGAAGUGGUUCCCUGGGAAAUGUCACUUUUUUGGGCAGAGCCAUCAGAUUUUUCACGUGUGCCUGGUACUCUGCACGCUGGCGCAGAUCGAGGCGGUGGUGUUGGACUAUGAAUCCAGGCGACAGAUCUAUUCCACUCUUCAGGGUGAUUUGGCGCAUAACUUCUCUGCCCUGUGCCUCUUCACUGUGACCUGCUCUGUCCUCACAGCUGCUUACAUGGCCCGGAAGGUGAAGAACAAGUUGAACUUCAAGGAAGAGUAAGAGCCCUGAAGGAGAAGCAGGUGACCUUACCUGAAUGGUUCAUCUCCAGCCAGCUGUGGUGAUGCUGGCACAAAUCUGGCCACAAACUUUGAAGAGAAAAGGAAUGAAAUGCUUCAGGAACUAGUGGUCUCUAU